UUUUUUUUUCUUUUUUUGCUAUUAUUUGGUAUUCAAAUCAACAUCCAUCUUACCCUUCUAUUCAAUUUGGUGAUUCUGCUUCUUCUUUUUUGGGCCAGUUUUCUGUCUCUGAACCAGGGGUCACUCAUGUAUAGUGAGGUGCAGGCUAUAUCGGCUCACAUGCAUGCUUCCUUUACGGCUCCUGAAGGAGUCUUAUCGAGAUAAUCUGUCACGAGGAAAUUUAGGUGCCGUCAAGGUUCUUCAAAACCUAUUUCCAGAACCUGGAAGGCUUCAAUUUUACAUGCUGACUUGGGAGAUUCGAAAUCUGUAUCCUUGUAAUAUUUCCUUGUUGCCUGAAAUAAUUUGGUGUUGAAUGUUAACUUUGAUUGAAGCAUAGUGUUAGAGAAUGCCCCAGAGAAAUUGUGUACCGUGUACUUGACUGGUUAUCAGGUUAAUAAAAUCUUUUCAGAGAAUAAAUUUGUUGCUGUGAUGCACUUCACUGCUGUUGCAUAUGUGGGAGAAAGCACACUUUACCCUCUUAAGGGUAUUAUCUCAAUAUUACAUCAAAUACCUUGUUGGUAUUGGAGUCUAUGGCUAAAUAUGGUGUGAAGACGUUGAUAUAUUCUAGUACAUGUGCAACAUACGGGGAACCGGAAAAGAUGCCCAUUACAGAAGAAACGGAACAGAAGCCAAUUAAUCCAUAUGGAAAAGCCAAGAAGAUGGCAGAAGAUAUCAUCCUUGAUUUUUCUAAAAAUUCUAAGAUGGCCGUAAUGAUUCUGAGAUAUUUCAAUGUGAUUGGAUCAGACCCUGAGGGCAGAUUAGGUGAAGCACCGAGACCUGAACUUCGAGAGCAUGGUCGAAUUUCAGGCGCUUGCUUUGAUGCAGCUCGUGGUAUUACAUCUGGCUUAAAGGUUAAAGGAACAGACUAUAACACCCCUGAUGGAACAUGCGUUCGAGAUUAUAUUGAUGUAACUGACCUGGUUGAUGCUCACGUCAAAGCUCUUGAAAAGGCACAACCUGGUCAAGUUGGGAUCUACAAUGUUGGCACUGGAAAAGUGAAGGAGUUUGUGGAUGCUUGUAAAAAGGCCACAGGGGUGAACAUCAAAGUAGACUUCAAUCCCCGCAGGCCCGGUGAUUACGCUGAGGUUUAUUGCUACCCGGCUAAGAUCAGACGUGAACUGAAUUGGACUGCACAACACACUGAUCUUCAGAAGAGCAUACAAGUUGCAUGGAAAUGGCAGAAAUCGCGUCCUGGUGGUUAUGGAGUAUCAUCUGCAAUCUGAAGUUGCUGCUCUCAUACAUCAUGGGGCUGAGGAUUUUUUGGUUCUUAGGGAGUUAGUAGUUCAUUCAUUAUACUUAUAUGUAUUCAACAUCUAAUCAUUCAAUAAUAUAAUGCCUAGGCUCUGGUAUAGUUUUCCUACAU